AUAUUAGUUUACAUGUUUGUGAUGAAGAGACAAAGAAGACUUGAAAAUUAUAUUUAAAAAAGAACCUCACGUAAUUACGUGUACAUUAAGUGUGGUGCUUAAUAAUAUCCUGAUUAUAAUAUAGAUUGUUAUUCUCCUAAGAACUUCUGUUAAUCGUGUUGAAAAUGCAACGACAUUUCAAAGGCAAAAUGUGGAGAAAAUGGUGGCUGUUCCAUGCCACGAACUGUCAAUCUUUAAUGUAUCCCUGCUUCAUAUUUGGCCGUAUUCUCGGAAUAUUUCCAUACAAGAUCAACCAUUCGUCAUUGAAAGCUUCAAAAGUGUAUUACAUAAUAUCGACUGUGAUUGUCUGUAUUGUCUGCAUUUUAAAUAUGUUAUUCGCUUACAAUAUCAUCAUUUCUAACAUCACUUUGGGAAGCAUAACCAAGAAUAUUGAAGUUGUCUGUUUCUAUACAUUCUGUAGUAUUAUAAUGAUCAUCACACACGUUUUAAGCGGUCCACGAAUGCGUUUGUUACAGAUUAUUUUAAAGAUCUCUUUGAAAUUACCUCCGAAAUCGUAUCAACAGCUGUUCAGAGUAAUCCAUAUCAAGGAUAUUUCGAGUAUUAUUUUUACAGUCAUAAUAAUAUACGUAUAUUUUUCUAAACAACAAGUUUAUGACAUUUUGGGCUCCCUGGUAUUAUCAAUAUACAGUCCUCUGCUGGUAUUUCAGAUAAAUAUGUUAUACACAAAUUGUAUUUAUAUAUUGAAAGUCUGUUUUAAGAAUAUUAAUGAUAAUCUAGCACACAUGCAAAGGCUUGUGGCGAACAAUACAAAGCCAUGCAUUCCUAUGUUGAUCCAUCACCAGCAGAGAAAUCAAUUAUUGCUAAUAGAACUUAAGAACCUGAAAGGACAUCAUCAGAGAGUUAGUGACGCAGUGAAAAUGCUGAAUACAUUCUUCAGUCUGCAACUGAUUGCUACUAUGAUCUUAAUUCUUUCUAAUAUUACUUUUGAGUUAUACUUCUACAUAGUACGCUGGCACAAUGGGCUACGUAUUACUUUUGAUAAAUAUCUUGUUGACACGUUUUUAUGCUGCAUAAUGUAUCACGGUAUACUGAUAACGCUACUUAUUUGGACCUGCGAAACCUGCAAGAAUCAGGCUUAUCAAAUUCGUACCACCAUUCACGACCUACUUAACAACACUAACGAUGAAGAAAUCAAAGACGAGUUGCACCUGUUUUCUUUACAAAUACUGCAUCACAAAGGUAUAUUUUCUACCAAAGGAUUCCCUGUAGAUGCGACGCUUCUCGCAGCAAUGGUGGGCAGUGUUACGACAUACAUGUUGAUAUUGAUACAAUUUUUAAUUAUAUCACAUUCUUGCGAUAAAAAAUCAAUAUCGCACAAGUAACCCAAUUAUAAUAAAAGAGAUAAUCAAACAAGGGGAUAUGCUUUAUACUUAUAUAGAAUUGUUAGUAGUUGUAAACUACAAAAUAUGUAAAUUUAAACUAUGAAACUUUCCUAACAUAUUCUACAAAUAUAAAUAGGAAGAACAUUAUAUAAAUAGAGAUCCGGAGACAUUUUACUAUUAUACAGCAAAGUGUAUCUGAAACUUGAAUCCUAGUGAUAUCUCAGUAGUCCUUUAUUAGGUGAUCAGAUAUCUGAGCCAACGCAGCAAAAUAAAAACAAAUAUUCCGACAGCCACCAUCUAGUGAGAUUGUUAUUUGUCGUGUAUAACGAGAUCCGUUUUUUGUUGUAAUAAUCAUUCGUCUAAAUUAAGUUUCUGCUCUUAAUUAAUAUUUAGGUUAAUUAUUAUUCUGCGAUAUAUUUAAUUCAUUCUAUUUAUGUUACAUGUUACCGAA